CAGAACGUGCAUAAAUGUGUAUCAUGGAUCUACGUGGCUAGAACUGUUUCGGAAAGCGCAGGUCAAACGAGGCAAACAAUAGGAGUUUAAUAGAUCAGUCAAAUCGGAUGUCCCCACCGAGCCUCUCCUCCUUUGAACUUCUGACAUCCUGAAUACAAAUACAGUACUUCAAACUCCUUCGUCUGAGUGUUACUGCCAACUAUGUACGACGAUUUCGAGUGUCUGAGCUGUACAGAUACGUUCUACUAUGAAGAUGAAUGGGAAGAGCAUAUGUAUGACUACCGCCACUGGCCUGAAUGUGAAACCUGCCCCAAGACCUUCCGCACCUGGCGUGCUUGCAACCAGCACAUGGAUAACACAGGUCACCGGGCACCCCGCUUCGAUUGCGAGACUUGCUAUCGUGACUUUAGCUCCCAGAAUGCUGCCAAUCAGCAUAUGACGGCCGCGGGACACUGGGCCCCAAGAAUUCCCUGUGAGACUUGCAACCUAGUUUUCCAUACAGAGAAGGGUGCAAAUCAACAUAUGAAGAGCGAAGCCCACUACAAGAAUUACUGCAAGAAUUGCGAUAUACGGUUUGGGACUGAAAACGCCCUGCGGAUGCACCUUAACUCCAAGGUUCACCGCGGACGGAAUAUCUCGUGCCCAUUCUGUAAGGAUGGCCAUACAGCUGCUAGCGGCCUUGCCCAUCACCUCGAACGAGGCUCUUGCCCGAACGCCCCCACACUGAACCGAGAUACUAUUCUCCGCAUCCUUCGCGAGCGUGACCCAAAUGGACUCAUCACGAACCGGCAUAUUAAGUGGCACAAGGAAGACGCUUGUCAAUACUCGGCAACGGAGUAUGCAUUUAAUGGCAACGGGUGGGAAUGUUAUCUCUGUCAUCGGGAGUUUCGCACCGCAACAUCCCUCAACCAACAUCUCAACUCUAUGGCUCACAAGCAAAAGGUGUAUCAUUGCCCGAACUUAAAGGGCAGGUGUGCAAAGCAGUUCACUACCCUGGCUGCACUAUUCAAUCACCUCGAGAGCGAAUCAUGCUCCUUCAUGCGUUUCGAAAAGGUACAGCAGCAGGCCGGCAACAUUCUUCAGGGACGAAGGGCCAUUACCUUUGGAUGAUGGCCGAAGCUCUGCAGUCUAUUCGCGACAUGACAUACUAUACCGUCCUUGAGACCAAUUCGCGGUAGUAAUUUGUUCAAUGUGGGUCGCAGGAGGCACUGGUUCUUCCAAGCUUCGUGUGCUUUAUGUCCGCGGAGCUAGACGGCCGCGGAGUUCUAUUUCUUGUAUUCAUCGAACAAUACCUAAGUAUGGAAUUGUGCUCAAAUCCAGUAUUUCUAGUAUUUCAUUUUAGAUAUCUUACCCCAGUCUACAAUCCAACCUCGGCACAUGCCAUCUUCCG